CUUUCUGUGAUAGCGAAUAAAAAAAGUGCAAGAAUAGAGCAUGUGAUUGAUCCGCCUUCUUGGGCUCGACCAAUCAGGGACCUCCUCGCAGCUGGCGGGGUUUUCGGUGGCCGCCAAGAUGGCGUCGUUACUUAUUGAGAGGAGUUGCACGAGAACAGCGAGAGGGCGGCGGAGGCGCUGCUGAAAUGAAAGGCAGAAGCCGGCAGGCCACGCUCUUCCAAGCAUGGGGAGCGCAGCCGACUCCUGCGCCGGCGGUGGAAGAAGAGGAGGAAGAAGAGGCGGAACUGUUGGCUGCAGCCAUAGAGGCCGAGGCAGCGGAUUCGCCGGGCGCUCUUGGUGCCCGGGGAUUCAUCGGCGGCGCGCCGGGCGCUCUGUGGAUGUUCCCGUCCAGCGGGUGCGUGGAGGAGCGUGCCUAUCAGGUUCGAGCGUCGUGGGAAGCGCUCCUGGCCAACACGCUGCUCUGCCUGCCUACUGGAAUGGGCAAAACACUGGUAGCCGCCGUGGUCAUGUACAAUUUCUACCGGUGGUUCCCGGGCGGCAAGAUCCUCUUCCUGGCCCCGACCAAGCCGUUAGUAGCUCAGCAACGGGAGGCUUGCGCUCGCCUCCUCGGGAUCCCCGCUGCACAUAUGGCCGAAAUGACUGGAGGUACCCAAAUUGCUGAUCGGAAAGAAAUCUGGUGCACCAAAAGAGUCUUCUUUCUCACUCCUCAAAUAAUGGCAAAUGAUCUUUCUCGUGGCACAUGUCCAGCAGCAGAAAUUAAAUGCCUGGUUAUUGAUGAAGCCCAUAAAGCUCUUGGAAAUCAUGCAUAUUGUCAGGUUGUGAAAGAAUUAUGCAAAUACACCAAAGAGUUUCGAGUCUUGGCUCUAAGUGCAACUCCUGGCAGUGAUGCAAAGGCUGUGCAGCAAGUUAUUACCAACCUGUUAAUUUCACACAUAGAACUUUGCUCUGAAGAUUCUCCUGAUAUUCAGCCUUAUUCUCAUGAGCGACGAAUUGAAAAAUGUGUUGUUCCACUUGGGAAAGAAUUGACUGAAAUUCAGAAUGCUUACAUACGGGUCUUGGAAAUUUUUACUGGUCGGCUAACUAGACUCCAGGUGUUACCACGACAUGAAAUACCUGCUCUUACAAAGUAUCAGAUAAUUCUAGCACGAGAUCAGUUUAGGAAAAACCCUGCUUCACGUUUUGAGCGAAUGCAACAAGGUGCAAUAGAAGGAGAUUUUGCUCUUUGUAUUAGUUUGUAUCAUGGUUACGAACUGUUACUGCAAAUGGGAAUGAGAUCACUACAUACCUUCUUACGUGGAAUCAUGGAUGGAUCAAAAGGAAUGACUCGAGCCAAAAAUGAACUUAGGUGUAAUGAGGAAUUCAUGAUGCUAUACAACCAACUUGAAAACAUGUUUUUUGAUUCAACUUCAUCAAAUGGAGCUGAAGACAUGAAGACUUUCAUUUAUAGUCAUCCCAAAUUAAAGAAAUUAGAAGAUGUUGUUGUACAACAUUUCAGAUCCUGGAGAGAAAGUCAAGAUCAGCCUACAUCUGAAGUCACACCUGCAGACACCAGAGUAAUGAUCUUCUCCUCCUUUCGUGACAGUGUUCAGGAAAUUGCAGAGAUGCUUAACUAUCACUACCCACUUGUGAGAGUCAUGACCUUUGUAGGCCAUUCUACAGGCAAAAGCACAAAGGGUUUUACACAGAAGGAACAGCUUGAGGUAGUGAAGUGUUUCCGGGAGGGCGGCUACAACACAUUGGUCUCCACAUGUGUAGGAGAAGAAGGCUUGGAUAUUGGAGAAGUGGAUCUCAUCAUUUGUUUUGAUGCUCAAAAAAGUCCCAUUCGUCUUGUGCAGCGAAUGGGCCGAACUGGACGCAAACGGCAAGGGCGCAUUGUUGUCAUUCUUUCUGAAGGAAGGGAAGAGCGAACUUACAAUCAAAGCCAAUCCAACAGAAAAAGUCUUCUGAAAACUCUUUCAAAAAAUAAAGGCCUCCAUUUGUACCAGCACAGCCCACGUAUGAUUCCAGAAGGCCUAAACCCCAAAAUGCACCGUAUGUUGAUUACACCUCCAGAGAAAGAGCAAGACAUUUCUACAGCCCACUCAAAGGAGAAGAAAGGCCUUGUUUUGGGGCGAAAAACUUUUCUCAGUUUUGCCAGUGCAGUUACAAAGCAAGCCAGUCCAACUGAAAGCUGGUGUCUUACAACCAAGGAAUAUGAAAAAUGGAAUAGACUAUAUAAAAUAAAAGCUGGUGAAGGAAUAAAAAAACCAAUAAUACCACGGAGUCACUUUGUAACAUUAGAAUGCAAAGAUACAAGAACAGAAUUGGAAACUAAAGACGUUCAUGAACUGUCACUGACAGAAUGGGCAGUCUGGCAGAACCGGCCUUUCCCUACCUAUCUGGUGGAUCACUCUGAUCGUUGCUUCCACUUCAUUAGUGUCAUGGACAUGAUAGAGCAAAUGAGACAUGAAGAGGGAGAGUGUGCUUAUGAGCUGGCAAUCCAACCUUAUCUUCAUUGGGAAGAUGUUGAUGCAUCAAACGUUCAGAUCAGCAAAAGAUGUGAGACCGUAACUCUUGAAAAAGUAUCAUCUAGAAAAAAAACAGCAGCUACAGCAAAAGAAAAAUAUUCCUUACAAGAAUUUGAUGCAGAAUGUAUGUCACUGUUUAAAGUGGCCAAUUUUAAAUCCUCGAAAAGACCUCAGGUGAUUGAUGUAGAAACUGCAGUUCAUGCUAAAAAGGAUGGCAGCAUUUCAGCUUGCUUCUCAACAAGCCUAUCAUCAUUUCUUAAAGCUACAGGACAGAAAAGUUCGGCAGAUGAGAAUCAAGAAAAUAUGGAUCCAGCCCUCAACACAAGUAUUCAAGAAAGGACUUGUGUUAAUCCUGAAAAUGCUAUAACAAAAAUAAUUCAUCCUGCUCCUGAAAAUUGUGUACAAAAUGGACAGUGUGUGGAUUCUGGCUAUGGCUGUUUUGCAGAUGAUUCAUAUCUUUCAUCUUUAUUUUAUCUCCCAGUGCCAGAGAUUGAUUUGUUUAUAUCUUCUGAAACAAAUGCUGAUGAGAAUCUUUCUUGGGGAAAAGACAUCCAGAUGAAUGUAGCAAGACUUCUGUCACAGUCCCCACCAUCUCUGGAUGAAUGGUUUGCUUCUGAGGAAAAGAGGGUGAAUGAAGGCAUGGAGCUUGAUUCAUUACAGCAAUGGGUUUCCAGCAAGUCUAAAGACAAUAUUCCAGAGAAAAGUGUAUGUUUCAAGAAUGUGUCCAUUUCUCCUCAGAACAGCUGUGAACUCUUAAACAAUGGUAAAUUGUGUUCAGUGGAUACCUAUCCUUUGGAAACGAAUAAUAUUCCAGAUACCUUCAUUAGCAGUAUGAAUGAUCUUAGCUGGGAUGACAUUUUUGAAGUUGAAACUGAACAACAGAAUGGAAUUGAAGGGGAGAAACUGUCAAAAGUAAAUGAUAGCCCAGCAUUAGAUUCUCUGAAAAGGGAUAGUGGUAAAAGCUGUGAAAAAACAUGCAAACAAUUUGGACGGAAUGUAAACCCUGAGGAAGAUUGUUCUAUGCAUUUAUUGGGAAAUCAUGGACAGAAUAGUCAUCCAUCAGUUGAAAAAAUGGGGGCACCUUCAGAAUUACCUGGCUUGUGUGGUCAGGCUAACAUGCAGAAUAACAAAGCAAGAACCCCUGAAUGGCAUUUUUCUGACCAACUUGUUUCUGUUUGCAAUACAAGUCCCAUAACAUCAUUGACGCCACGUAGAGAUAAAGUAGAAGUCUCUGCUGAUCUUGAUCAUGGAAGCAAAGCAAAUCCUCAUGAUUAUGAGCCGCUAUAUGAUGCUUCUGAGGAUUUGUUCUCUGUUAACUUUGAUCUUGGAUUUUCUUUUCAAGAGUCAGAAGAUGAUGCCUUAGAGCAAAUGAACUCCAUGAAAAAUAAGGGGAGCUCUGCACCUGGUCAUUCCAAUAAGGUUGAAACCUCUUUCUCAAAUAGUAGCUCGGUAAAUAAAUAUACUAGUAAUGAAUGUUUUAAUGUGACUAAAUCUUCUACACCAUUAAACUUGCAAAACCACGAUCCUGGUCUGGCAGCAAUUGACCCUGCUGUUUCUUUGGCAUCUCCUUUCACACCAGCAACUCAGAGAUUUUAUCAGUCACCAAACCAUGUAAAGACUGUGUGUUCCACACCCACAGGUGGACAAAUGAUACAUAUUAGAACUUCUCAUGGUUCUUGCUCUAGAAAUAAUCAAGAAAGCUCACAUAUGAGAGUUUCAAGAAAAGCAAACACCAGCAUAGUUAAAGUCUUGGCAAAAUCAGCUUUUGGAGUAGAGGAUUUUCCAUCCCAUGAACUUGGAGACAGCAGUGAAGGUGAAAAAUUUUCUUCUCUCAAUAAAAAAAAGAAAAAAACAAAAAUUUUGAGAACUUCAGAUAUUAGUGACUGUGACUUUGAAUCACCAAUUCAUGCUGUCAAGAAACGGAAACGUCCACUCAUUGCUUCAGAUGUCUCUAGUGAUGAAAGCACAGAUUUUGCUAAGAAAUCAAGCCCAGUGUUUCAUGACAGAAAGAACUAUAUCAAGAAGCCAGUUCAAGAUAUGAAAAGGCAGAAGAAAGGAGACAAACUUCUGAUCAAGAAUUUAGCAAAGCACUUCAUAGAUGAGGAGGCAGAACUUUCUGAAGAUGGAGUGGAAAUUUCAUCUGAUGAGAGUGUAAAAUUGGAAGGUGAAUUGAGUUCUUCCCUUAUUCAGUUUCUUGAUGAUGAGACGCAGAUCACUCAAGAUUUAAAUGAAUCUGAGAUGCAGGCAGUUUAUCUGAAGUCUGUUUGCAGUCCAGCUGUUGGCAACAAGUAUAAGAUGGUGCAUAAAGAAUACAAUCCAAUAACUGUUUUCUCACAGAUUCCAGAGCAAGAUGAAUGCUACAUAGAGGACAGUUUCUGUGUUGAGGACAAUGAAGAGGAUAACCCCAACAGCAGUUCCAGUGAUGAAGAUCUGUGCAUCAAUUUUGACCUUUUAGGGGAAGAAAGCUUUGUGAAUGGGAGAAAACAGUACCAAACCCGGCACAGGAAAAAAAUGAAAGCAGGCCAUGUGAAACUGAAAACAAAAGGUCCAUUCCUCCCAAAGAGAUUAACUAGGGUUCGAAUUCUUAACAGAUCUAGUGAAGAUGAGGAGACUGAUAAAAAUGAAGAGCAGAUGGAAUCACGAGUCAGUGCUAAAGUUGAUAAGGAUUGUAAUAUUACUUCCUUAACUAAGGAUCAAACUCUUCACCAAAAAUGCUCAGUUACAAAACCCCAAGAAAGCCAUGCUAAGCCAGAAACGUUUUUGGAGAACUUUCCUGGAUUCUCUUCUUCCUCCUCCUCCUCCUCUUGGACUCUAAGGAAUUCAAAGAAAGCAGCGCCUCUGUGCAUUCUGGUGGAUAACCAUGAGAUUUCCUCUGGGCCAGAAGUUAUUUCAACCCUGAAAACUGUUCACGGAGUCAAGGUUGAAAUUUGUUCUCUAGGUUCCUGUGAUUAUAUUGUCAGCAACCGUCUGGCAGUGGAAAGAAAGUGCCAGACAGAAUUGGUCAACAACAUACAUCAGAGUAAAAUGGUCCAGAGGAUGCAGCAGCUGAAAAACAAGUUUGAUAGGAUCUGCAUAAUUGUGGAGAAGGAAAGAAUUAGGACAGGAGAGGCGUGGAGGGUGUUCCAUAGAACCAAGCACUAUGACGGCAUGUUAUCAGCAUUCAUCCAGGCAGGAAUCAAAGUGCUCUUCAGUGCCUGCCAAGUGGAAACUGCUGACUUGCUAAAGGAACUAGCUUUGGUGGAACAGCGGAAGAAUGCAGCCAUCCGUGUACCAACAGAAGUGGAGGGACCCCGACAGGAUGUUUUCCGUUUCUAUUUGACCAUUCCCUGUGUCAGCUAUACACUGGCUCUAGCUUUGUGCCACCAUUUUGGUUCUUUAAAAGAGAUGGCAAACAGUACCCCAAGGGAGAUGGCAGGCCGCACUCAGGUCAAUCAGCAGAAAGCAGAGGAAGUGUACCGCUACAUCCACUACACCUUUGACACGCAGAUGUUGCCCAAGAUUGUCACAUGACCUUCUAUAAAUCAAAGUGGGACAUCCCUUUUAAGCAGAAGCACUUUAUUACUACAUUCCUUCAGUGUAAGAUAUGUAAAUAAAAUUCCAAACAAAACGAGUCUCUGUAUUGCAAGCUGCCUUGUUCCUCUAUAGAAGUAGCCAGUGUGUCUUUCCUUAAUACAGGCUCCUUACUCCAUCUUUCCACCUUCUCUUGCUUCUGAAGGCAGGUGUUUUUCCCAAUUAAAAUAUAAAGGUUUGAUACUGUGAAAACCAUCCAUGUUGUCCUCCUGUUCCAGCUAUACUGUAGAUACUCAGAGAGGAAGAUGUAAAAAGAAAGAGGGAUUGCUAAAAUUUGUCAAAUGCACAUAACUGUCUUCUUUAUGGGGAUGUAUAUUAGCUAUUCUUCAAAGUGUUCUACUUUGAAGUACUACAUUCAUGUCAGUGAAGCACUCCUCAAAAUGUUGAAGUAGCCAUAUGGUCUGGAAAGCUGUGGAAACAACCAAGAAAAAGCCUUUGAAGCAGCUAUCCUGAACCUUGGUUGUGGUUGGUUUAUGUGGUUGUGGGUUUUGGGCAAAAGUGCUUUACUCAUGUGUGUUGCAAAGGAUCUCUUUCACUUGCCUUAUAUCUGCAAUCUGCAUGACAUGGACAUAAAAAGGUUUAAUUUUA